AUGGUCGUGGAGAAGACGGGCCGAGAGGUCGUGGACGAGGUAGUGUCGUGGAAAGAGAGCGUUUGGGCCCUCGAAGCUCGACUCGCGCCUCUGCGGGAUGAGAUGGUGGCCGGCAUGCUGGGCUCCAGAGCCUAUCGAGAGCUCGUCCUAGUCGAAGAUCUGCGGGCGCAAAUAGUAACAUCCGUAUCUUCUAUCACGACUGGGGUGAAGCGAGAGGUGGAUGGUUCUGCAAUCCCAGAACUUUACAGCGUCAAAAGAGCUCGACUGUGA